AUGGAUACAGCUGAUAAAAAGGCUGACCAGUCCGAGACUGCCGAGAACUUUUCAAUUCUUACCCAGGCGCAAUACCAACUCGAGCAUCGGGAGCAAAAAGACAUGGAGCCCAUCAAAGACGAGAUGCCAACAUCAAUCUUGCAAGAUCCUUUUUCGGGAGAAGAAGGCACUCAAGUACAAUAUCGGAUCAUGAAGUGGUGCUCUGAACUUGGCACUAAGCAGAUUUCAGUGAUGAUCGCUCAGUCAAUUUCAUUAGGAGUUCUUUCUCUCCCAUCGUCAAUGGCAACCUUGGGUUUUAUUCCGUAUGUUGAAAAAACUACCCUGAAGCAAACCUCUGGCUGCAUUCUAAUUCUCGGUAUCGGGGCAUUGACAACGUACACCGGAUAUGUGCUUGGGCAAUUCAAACUACGCCAUCCUCAUAUUCAUAAUAUGUCGGACGCAGCGGAAAUUCUGUUCGGGACCUGGGGUCGCGAAAUUGUUACUGUGACCCAGAUCAUCUUUUUCGUCUUCUUGAUGGGGGCUCAUAUAUUGACAUUUUCAAUCAUGAUGAACACUCUAACCGAUCAUGGCGCUUGCACGAUAAUAUUUUGUCUAGUGGGAGCCAUUAUCUGCUUCGUACUGACCCUUUCAAGGCGCCUACAAGACGUUUCAUAUUUAGGGAUCAUAUGUAAAAGGGAUUCUUGUUCUUCCUUAUAUACACAGACUGACCAGAUACCAGCUUCAUUAUCCAUUUUUAUCUCUGUUACGGUCACCAUCAUUGCCGUCGGUAUUGAAGCUCCCGAUAUCAAAGCCUAUUCUGUUAACCACCCAACACUGCUUUCUGGCUUCUCAGCUUCUCUUAAUAUCAUCAUCUCCUUUGCAGGCCAUCUAGCCUUUUUUAGCUUCCAAUCAGAGCUAGCAGAGCCUCGGGACUUUACGAAAGCAUUAGUUGCUCUUCAGGUGACUGACACUUCUCUAUACCUCGUCGCAGCUGUCGUCAUUUAUUAUUAUGCUGGCGCGGACGUCAAAAGUCCGGCGCUUCUCAGCACCAGCACUACUGUUGCGAAAGUUGCCUUUGGAAUUGCCCUCGGAACGAUCGUUAUUGCCGGUGUUAUUAUUGCCCAUGUCGGCGCCAAAACAAUUUACGUUCGAUUGUUUCGAGGCACUAAUAGAAUGAACGAAAGUUCCUUGGUGUCUUACGGCACCUGGGUGCUUAUUGUUUUACUCCUCUGGACGAUUGCCUGGGUCAUCGCAAAUGCUAUCCCCGUUUUCAAUGAUCUUCUGAGCCUUUUGGCCGCGGCAUUUGCUAGCUGGUUUUCAUUUGGAUUGGAGGGCUUGUUUUGGCUGCAUAUGAACCGAGGAAAGCUUGACACAAAGCGCAAGAUUGUUCUUGCGGUUCUCAACGUUUUUCUUGUUGUUAUUUGCGUUUUAAUGUGUGGGAUGGGACUUUGGGCAACGGGGAAAGGAAUUUCAAUCAGCGCCAAGAAUGCCCAUGGUGCCUUCUCUUGUGCAGACAACAGAUAA